CCGAGCGGCGCGGGCGCAUCCUGCUCGCCGUGUCCUGCCACGGGAACAAGCUCAGCGUCGAGGUGAAGCAAGGCCGCAACCUGAUCCCCAUGGACCCGAACGGCCUCUCGGACCCCUACGUGAAGAUGAAGCUGAUCCCCGACUCGGACAACGUGAAGAAAAAAACCAAGACCAUCCGCAGCACGCUCAACCCCGUGUGGAACGAGACGCUGACCUUCGAACUGAAGGCGGAGGACAAGGACCGGAGGCUGCUCAUCGAGGUGUGGGACUGGGACCGAACCUCCCGAAACGAUUUCAUGGGGUCCCUCUCCUUUGGCAUAUCCGAACUGAUGAAGGCCCCAGCUGAGGGUUGGUUCAAGCUCCUCACUCAGGAGGAGGGAGAAUUCUACAACGUGCCGGUGCCUGAGGAAGGCGCUGACCUCGCCCAGCUGAAGAACCAGAUGAGGGCUACGAGUGUUGGAGCUCGUAGGGCUCCGCCCCCGCCUGAUAGGGAGGUGCCGCAUAACAUGGCGGCUGCGGACGUCAUCAGGGCAUCGGACUUCAACUUCAUCAUGGUGCUCGGGAAGGGGUCUUUUGGGAAGGUAAUGCUGGCCGAGCGCCGCGGCACCGACGAGCUCUACGCCAUCAAGAUCCUGAAGAAGGACAUCAUCAUCCAGGACGACGACGUGGAGUGCACGAUGGUGGAGAAGCGGGUCUUGGCUCUGAGCAGCAAGCCGCCCUUCUUGGUGCAGCUGCAUUCCUGCUUCCAGACUAUGGAUCGUCUGUACUUUGUGAUGGAGUACGUGAACGGCGGAGAUCUUAUGUUCCAAAUUCAGCAGUGCGGGAAAUUCAAGGAGCCUGUUGCCGUAUUUUAUGCAGCUGAAAUAGCCAUCGGACUUUUCUUCCUACACUCGCGCGGGAUCGUGUACCGCGACCUGAAACUGGACAACGUGUUGCUCGACCAAGACGGCCACAUCAAGAUCGCUGACUUCGGGAUGUGCAAAGAAGGCAUCAACGGCGACAAAACCACCAAGACCUUCUGCGGCACGCCAGAUUACAUCGCGCCAGAGAUCAUCUUAUACCAGCCGUACGGCAAGUCGGUCGACUGGUGGGCAUACGGGGUGCUGCUGUAUGAAAUGCUUGUGGGACAGCCGCCGUUUGACGGUGAAGAUGAGGAGGAACUGUUCGCUGCUAUCACUGAUAACAGCGUGUCGUAUCCGAAGACUUUGAGCAAGGAAGCGAAAGACGCGUGCAAAGCGUUCCUGACCAAGAACCCGCAGAAGCGUUUGGGAUGCGGCGCGCGCGGCGAGGAGGACGUGCGCUUGCAUCCCUUCUUCAAGCGCAUCGACUGGUCGCGCAUCGAGGCCAGGGACGUGCAGCCGCCUUUCAAGCCUAAGAUCGUAAGUCAUCGUCAUUCUUAAUAGUAAAGCAUUAGGGUUCAAAGUCGCAUGAACGCGUCAGUAGC